GUUCAGAAGCUUUUUGAAAUUGAAGGAGGGAAAAAACUAAAUAAGAAAAUCGAUAAUUUCAACAACAAGUUAACUAGUUCUAUCUCACGCUUGGAGGUUAAUCAUGUAAACUUAAGAAUCAGUCAUUUAGAAACAGCUAAUGAGGAUAUUAUGAGGAUGUUAAAGGACAUCAUGUCACGAGAAUUGUUAAUGGAGUUUAAGAAAAGACAGAGAAUUCUAUACAACAAACGAUUCCAUAUAAUAAAACUGACAAACAUCAAAAAGAUUGGAAAACUGGAAGAGAUGAAUAAGCCAAAUUGGAAGAAUCAAGAAAAAUGGUUUAGGAAUCUGUCGUCAAUACAGAUUCCUAAAGAAAUAGAAAAUUUUCUAUCGUUAGGAUCGAAGUUCAGCAUGGCUGUACCUGUGGGGGAGAUAUCGAUGGACAAUCUCAUUGCCGAUGUGGAAGAUAUUAUUCAAAAGACAACUGAGAAGAAUCAAGACCUAUACCGAGCAAAAGUAUCCAGCAUCAUAGCCAGUUAUAUUCACAAAAAUAGGGACAUAAUGUACCAAACAGACAGACCAUAUAGAAUUGCAAGGGAAUUUCUGAAAGCUAAUGAAAAUCUUAUCAUCCUUAAUAGCGACAAAGGAGCAGUCACUGUGGCCAUGGACAGAGAAGACUAUACUCAAAAAAUGUAUACAAUAAUAAAUUCAGAAAGUUUCAAACAAAUACCGAGAGAUCCUACAACCACAUUGCAAAACAAAUGCAAUGACUAUAAUGAAUUCUAUGUGCAAACAUUUGGCUGCGCCAUGGGAUCGAAGCUUAGCCCGAUCUUGUCACAAUAUGUAAUGGACCAUCUACUGGAUGUAUGUAUACCGUUGCUGUCAUUCAAUCUCAUUUUCCUGAAGAAAUUUGUUGACGACCUAAUCCUUGCACUGCCUCACACAGGCAUAGAUGAAAUACAACAAAUUUUCAACAGCUAUGAUCCACACAUACAAUUUACAAUAGAGAGAGAAGAUGAAAAUAAAACAGUACCCUUUUUAGACACGAAGGUAUGUAGAAUAAAUAACACAAUUAAACUAGACUGGUACAGAAAGAAUUCAGCAUCCAAUAAGUUCAUCAACUAUCAGUCAGAACAUCCAAUACAAGUAAAAAUAAAUUGUGUUAAAGAAAUGAAAGCCAGGAUCAAGAACAUUUGUCACCCAGAUUUGGUGGAUGCGAAUCUGAAGAAAUUAUACCGGAUAUUUCAAGAAAACUCUUAUCCGAGAGGAUUACUAAACAAAUUAUUGUACGAGUCAAAUAAUAAUCCAGAACAACCUAAACCUGAACCAAAACCACCUGAAGCAGCAGAAGGAGAUGAUAACAGAAUGCCAGAAAACACAAAAUAUGGUUCCCUGCCAAAUAUUAGAGAUUUGACUAGUAAGAUCAAAAAUUGUUUCAAGGAGGAAAAUAUAAAGAUAGCAACGUAUAAUACAAAAAGCAUUUCAAGAUUAUACAGCAGAAUAAAAGAUCAAACACCAACACUACUUAGGUCAAAUGUUGUCUAUAAGAUGAAUUGUGCGGAAUGUGAGUGCACAUAUAUUGGUCACACGUCCCAGUGGCUAAAAAGCAGAUUGGCCUUACACAAAAGUGACAUCACAAAAAACAACCAGCGAUGUGCUUUAACCAUACAUGCGGUAGAGAAAGGACAUAGGAUUGACUUCGACAGUGCAGAGAUAGUGGCAACUCAGAAAAAGUAUAACAAAAGACUCAUACUCGAGAUGAUAAACAUAAGGAACCAGAAAGACCCAAUAAAUAAAAAGACCGACGUACAGAAACUAAGUAAUGUAUAUACCUAUCUACUCACAUACCCGAACAUUAAAGAACGAAAAAAUUUUUAUGAUGGACCGUUGGAUGAAUAAGUCAGAGAAGAACAACAUUAUGACAGAAUAAUCUGUGGACUGAUUUGUAUACUCUGUGAUCAAUUAUUUUAAGGUUAGAUUUAUCGAAGCAUAAUUUAUUGCGUUUUAAAAAUUGACUACUUGUCUUGUGAACUGUUGUCUCAAUGUUUUCAAGUUUAUUUGUAAUUACUGAGGAAUAACCUCAACAUUUUUGGCCCUGAUGAUGGAAACAAAGUUUUCCGAAAGCUAGGCAAGAAAUAAAGAGUAUUUAAAUCUA